CCUCCCUCCCCUUCCCCGCCUCCCUCCGCUGCUUCUGCCUUAAAAAGCCCCGCCGGGCCCUGCAGCGUGCCCGGGAGACCGACGGGGCCGCGAGAAGACGCGCCGGAGCAAGGAUCCAGGCAGUUUUCCCGUGCCGGGGAAAUUGGUUCCCUGAGACCUCACCAUGAAGCCUCUCGUGCUGCUCCUGCUCGCCUUUGUGGGGCAGGCCUCUCUUUCCUUCGUGGUCCCAGCAAAGGAGAAGGAUCCCCAUUUUUGGCGGCUUCAGGCCCGGGAGACGCUGCAGAGAGCCUUGAGCCUUCAAAAGCUGAACACCAACGUGGCCAGGAACAUCAUCCUCUUCCUCGGAGACGGGAUGGGCAUCGCCACCGUCACGGCCGCUCGCAUCCUCAAGGGACAGCUACAGCAGAGAACUGGGGAGGAAACCAUAUUGGAGAUGGACCGGUUUCCCUUUGUGGCGCUCUCUAAGACCUACAACACCAAUGCCCAGGUGCCCGACAGCGCGGGCACAGCCACCGCUUACUUAUGCGGCGUGAAGGCCAACGAGGGCACCGUGGGGGUCAGUGCGGCCGUGACGCGGUCCCAAUGCAACACGACGGCCGGCAACGAAGUGACCUCCAUCCUCAAGUGGGCAAAAGCCGCAGGCAAAUCUGUGGGCAUUGUCACCACCACCCGCGUCAACCACGCCACGCCGAGUGCCGCUUACGCGCACUCGGCCGACCGGGACUGGUACUCGGACAACGAGAUGCCCCCGGAAGCGCUUCAGCAGGGCUGCAAAGACAUCGCCCACCAGCUGUUUGAAAACAUCCCGGACAUUGAGGUCAUCAUGGGGGGAGGCCGGAAGUACAUGUUCCCCAAGAACACGAGCGACGUGGAAUACCCGGAUGAGGAGAAGUACAAGGGGACCCGGCUGGACAACAGGAAUCUGGUCCAGGAGUGGGGGGACGCCAAGCCCAAAGACAAGAAUGCCCUCUAUGUAUGGAACCGGGCGGCGCUGAUGGAGCUGGACCCAGCCAAAGUCGACUACCUCUUGGGUCUCUUUGAGCCCAUCGACAUGAUGUACGAACUGAACAGGAACAACCAAACCGACCCUUCCUUGACCGAAAUGGUGAGGGUGGCGAUCCGAAUGCUGCAGAAGAACCCCCGUGGAUUCUUCCUCCUGGUCGAGGGCGGCAGGAUUGACCACGGGCACCACGAGGGGAAGGCGAAGCAGGCCCUCCACGAGACGGUGGAAAUGGACCGAGCCAUCGGCGAGGCUGGCAUCCUGACCUCUUCCGAAGACACCUUGACGGUGGUGACCGCGGACCACUCCCACGUCUUCACCUUUGGGGGCUACACAACCCGUGGCAACUCCAUUUUCGGGCUGGCCCCGAUGCAGAGCGACAUGGACAAGAAGCCCUUCACUUCCAUCCUGUACGGAAACGGACCCGGGUACAAAAUUGUAGCCGGAGAGAGAGAGAACGUCUCGGCGGUCAAUUUCACCGAUACCAACUACCAGGCGCAGUCAGCCGUCCCGCUGCGCAUGGAAACGCACGGAGGGGAGGACGUGGCCAUCUUCGCCAAGGGCCCCAUGGCUCACCUCCUCCACGGGGUCCACGAGCAGAACUACAUACCCCACGUGAUGGCCUACGCAGCCUGCAUCGGCGAGAACCAGGCGCACUGCCACUCGGGCGCGCCAGGCAGCCACUCUGGGUCCGUCCCUCUGAUGUCGGCCAUCUUCUCCGUUCUCCUGCUCCGAGUUUUGUUCUAAAGGCUCUGCUCCUCAGACUCUCUGGAUUGAGGCUUUUGCCUGCUUUUGAGAUUUCCAGCCUCAAAUAUCCCUCGCAGGGUUUCUGGCUUCGUGGUGGGGAAAAACCACAAUGGACAGCUUGACUUAAUUCCCAAGGAACUACUCCGCUCUGGAACAGGAUGAUCUGUGGCGCCAGGAUCGGUGCCAAUCGGAGCGGCUGGAAACGCUGGGAUAUAUUUUUUUCCCUUAUUCCUCUUAAAUGAAGAGAAGGGUUUGUCCCACUGGAUCAGGACAGACCGUGCGGGCCUGGCUUAUCUUGACAGACCUUAGGCAUCUACAGGCCUUGCAAGGUUCCUGGUGUCCCUCAAACUCUUCCAAAACCAAUUCAGAACAGAAAUACGAGCUUGGCUGCCCGUUCUGACCCACUUUGGCUGUUAAGUGGUGGAACUCAGAGGCCAUCACAUCUGUCCCCAUCGGCCACGCCUUAAUUGGAGCCCUGAAAAAUUUCCAAGCCGCUUCCCAGUAGGGUCCCCCAAGAAAGGAAGUCACUAGAGAGCUCCAGGCAAGGAUGAUCCAGGGCACAAAGCCCAUAAAUUACCAAAACCCAUAAAAAGAAGAGCUGUGUCUCUGGAGAUGUCCUCCACCCCAAUCAAGUCAGGUUUUUCUGCUGUCAGUAGCUGGAACGGGACGUCCUGUUCUAGCCAUUCUGACGCCUUUAAAACGGGUCGCCCUUUUUUCACCCUCCACCGCCAAGAAUUACGACUGAAGCAAAUGAAGUUCUGCAAAAGGGAGGGCUCCGCCCCAGGGGAAGGCAUAAAAUUAAGUGGGAAGAUGGCAGAGGGUGCCACCGUAAUAAGCCAGGGAAGGCCCUGACGCGAAGGCUGUCUCUGUGGCGCACCGUGGUUUGUAAAGUCUCGGCUUGCAGAUUAGCACAAGGUACAAAACCCAGUUACUGUAUGCAGCCGCUUCCGCAAAAAUCGGGCUUCGCUUGAUGGGUGGGCAGAAACAACUGCAAGAGUCCAUCCUGGAGGGAAGGUGUGUGUGGGAAAGGGACUGCGAAUAUGAGGGCCGCGAUGUAAAUCUCUAUGUGGGAGGGACGCCCCUUGCAAACUGGUCCUGCCCGUUCAGAAGGCUGGGAGGGGGAAGGAGAAGACAACUGGCGGGGGCAGCUGCCCUCCACAAAACGGGGGGGGGGACUAAAUUGAAGUCAGACAGGUCUUGGCAGUGGACGUCCCACCUGGAGGUCAGACCCUCGCUGGCCCUUCACCUUGAGCAAUUCCUUCUCUUUUCUGUUCCUUCUCACGAGUUGUAGAUUCAGGGCAACCAAAGGACAUCUCUUGUCCCUCAGCUGGUCCUUAUCUCCACGGAGGUCAUUUCCACAAGACGCCCUGGAAGCCACGAUGGAUGGGCAAAGAGUUGUCUUUCAAGGCUGUGCAUGGAGGAGGAAGAGGUGGGAAGGCUGGUCUUCUCUGACCAUCUUUGAAUUUCUCCAGAGGUUUCUGGUGGCUGCAGAACACCACGCUGGACUCCGGUCAUCGCUGGUUAGGAUCCAGCUUGGCUUCUCACAGCUCUUCCAGUCAUCCACUUCAGCUUCCUGGCCGUUGGCAGGGAAGGAGUGUAGGAAAAGGAGUCGGUGGCACUCAGCAGCCUCUUGGCCCUCCGCAGGGACAGGACCAUCACCUCUCGCUGCCUCUUUGGCAGGGCAAAGUCUUAAAAGCACAUGGAGAUCUUCGCCUUCAGACAGAGAAAGCCUCAGACGAGGCUUGGAGGAAGGUAACGCUUCUCUGCCAAAGAAAAGCAGCCCAGAUUGACUGGCAGGAACACGGGCAGCGUCCACCUUGGGCGAGAGAUCUGUGGGAGUCGCUCUCACUUUAAAAAAAAAAAAAAUCUCUAAAUUGAUUUUUCCCCCCUUUUGUUUGCAUAACUUUUGAAAAAUUGAAAUUCAGGGGAAGGAGGAAUCUAAAAUAAAAUUAUGUUGGACCGGCUGUUUUGAAGGAAAUGGGCACUUUCCCGCGGAACAGCAAGUAUCCAGGACCACAGCUCUAAUUUGGGGAACAGCUGUAGAGAAAGGGAUGGGAAAGCCAUCUGCUUUCACAAAGGAGCGUGUCAACACUGCUAAUGAAAGAGAGUUCUUCCAAAGCUUGGGAGCGACCUCCUUUCUCUGCUCGGUUGUGCCAUCCGUUUCCGGAUGUUGAGUCGGAGCCUGUCCUUCUAGCUCCGUUCACAUGUUUCCAAGAAAGAACAGGCCAAGAAUGGCCCCAGAGAUCGGUGCAAUCUCCCCAAACCUGCCCAACGAGGAAACGAGUUCCUAAAGAAAUCCCACCCUUGGCUGUUCUGUUAGACCAAGGGUGUCAAACUCAUCAUGUCACGACGUGUCGCGAUAUGUCGCGACUUUUUCCGCAUUGCCGAAGCUGGGUGCAGUUUCGGCAUGAUGCAUCCGGCCUGCGGGCCAGCAGUUUGACACCCCUGCGCUAGACCAUCCUCUGGGGGGGGGGCUGA